CUCCCGCCUGUAAUUUCAUCGGAAACUUUAGUACAGCCUUGCCCAUGGCCGCUGCUGCUCCCAUUCCACACCUAAGCAAGCCGAGGCUGGGACGCGCCAGGAUCCCCUCGGGAGCCCGCCCCGGGGCCACGUGGCGGCACCGGGAUUAGAACUCCGACUCUCCUAAACCCAGGCUCCUCCCUCCCUCCCUCCCCUUUUCUUCUCCCCGCCACACCGCCCCCGGGUGCUCGUCCGCCUCGCGCUGCGCCUGGCCGGGGUGCAGAGCUGGGCUCGGGUCUUCCUCGCCUCUGUUGGGAACCUGGGACCCCUGGGUUGCCACGCCGCAGACGGUAGGCACGGUCCCUGGUGCCCUCGCCAGGCACCAUGGACUGGAAGACAUUCCAAGCCCUUCUGAGUGGCGUGAACAAGUAUUCUACAGCUUUUGGGCGCAUCUGGCUGUCAGUGGUGUUUGUCUUCCGGGUUCUGGUGUACGUGGUGGCCGCAGAGCGCGUGUGGGGUGAUGAGCAAAAGGACUUCGACUGCAACACCAAGCAGCCUGGCUGCACCAAUGUCUGCUACGACCACUUCUUCCCCAUCUCCAACAUCCGUCUCUGGGCCCUGCAGCUCAUCUUUGUUACGUGCCCCUCACUACUGGUUAUUUUGCAUGUGGCCUACCGCGAGGAGCGGGAGCGGCGACACCGCCAGAAGUAUGGGGACCAGUGCACCAAGCUGUACAGCAACACAGGCAAGAAGCACGGCGGCCUGUGGUGGACCUACCUGUUCAGCCUCGUCUUCAAGCUCAUCAUCGAAUUGCUCUUCCUUUACGUGCUGCACACGCUCUGGCAUGGCUUUGGCAUGCCACGCCUGGUGCAGUGUGCCAGUGUGGCACCCUGCCCCAACACCGUGGACUGCUACAUCGCACGGCCCACUGAAAAGAAGGUCUUCACCUACUUCAUGGUGGGCGCCUCUGCAGUCUGCAUCGUGCUCACCAUCUGCGAGAUCUGCUAUCUCAUCUCCCACAGGAUCAUGCGAGGCCUGGGCAAGGACAAGCUUUCAAGGGGUCACAGCGCCUCAUCCUCCACCUGCCGCUGCCACCACAAGCUAGUGGAAGCCGCAGAGCUGGGUCCCGACCUAAGCGAUGCCAAGGUGCAGGCUUCAGCCCCCAAGCUGACCCCUAUCUGACCAAGGCUGGGGAACAAGACGGAGAGGAGUUGUAGAUUAGAGGGCCCGUAGGGGUGCUGGGUGCCUUCACUCUGAAUUCACCAAGCUGUCCAGUUUCAUUUGUGCAGGCAGAUGUCUUCGGAUGCUGAUUUCUGUGCUCUCUAUCUGGGUAGAGAUAACAUGAAGGCAGGGAGACACAUUUAAACAAGUAAAGUAACUGUAAGGGCCGGGGAUUUAGCUCAGUGGUUUCGCUGCCUGCUGAGCAAGCGCGAGGACCCGAGUUUCAUCCCCGGUACCAAAAAAAAAAAAAAAAAUGACAAGUAAAGUAACUGUAUGCAUGCAGGGGUUUGGUUGGCUGUUCCUGAGGGCCUUCUCCUUAACCACAGGGGAUGAUCAGGCCAGGCUCCCCUGAGGAAACAGUGCUUGAAAGAUAAGAAGUGCUCAGGGGCAGAGAGCAGCAGGCAGGGGGCCUGGGACUGGAAAAGACACACGCUUGCUCUGGCCUAGAAGCCCUGGACCAAAGGGAACCUGUACUCCCUGGGAGAGGCUGCCCAGAGUCCCCAAGUGGAAGGUCUUCAACACCGGGAAAUCUGGAGGCCUCAGAGUGUGGAGAGAGGCAGCAGCUCUGGGGACCCAAGCCCUGCUCAAGACACCCGGGGAUCCUCUGGGUCACAACUUCCCUCAGUGGCAGCUUCCCUCCGCGAGACGCUCUCCCCCAACCUCAGGCAGUGGUGCUUCAAUCUUCCUCCCAUCUAAGAGCUUCUGUUGCAAGAACUUGGGUGGAUGUGCCCAUUGAACAACCCCAAGGCAGUUUCCUUGAAAUCAAUAAAGCUGUGUUUUAUAGA